UGGCGAGAUCCUGUUGGCCCUGUUGGCGUCCUCGGCGUGUUGCUUGCGUGGUCUGCGUGCGGCUGACGACAUGUUUCAAAGGCGUGUUUUGGAGGCUAAGAUAUAUUUCUUUAGGUAGUAUUUUCAGUUUUCUGCUUCUUUCGUCGAUGAUCCAAGAUGUCCUCGACAAGUAACCAAAAACUGCCGACGAAGGAGCGAAUCGUCAAGAGUGUGCCCCUCCCGCCAAGUCACCGGCUGACCUGCGCCGAGGUGUUUGACUCCGUCACCGGCCGACCGAGACCUGACGUCCUGAGGCACCACUUCCUCGUGGAGGGUCGACUCCAGGAGACGGCCGCGCUGAGGAUCAUCAACGAUGGUGCGGCACUGCUGAGGACCGAGCAGACCAUGAUUAAUAUUGAGGCGCCGGUUACAGUGUGUGGUGACGUGCACGGUCAGUUUUUCGACCUGAUGAAACUGUUUGAGGUUGGGGGACCCCCCGCCACCACCAAGUACCUGUUCCUAGGCGACUACGUCGAUAGAGGCUACUUCAGCAUAGAGUGCGUUCUGUACCUGUGGUCUCUGAAGCUGAACCAUCCCAACACACUGUUCUUGCUGCGAGGGAACCACGAGUGUCGACAUCUCACCGAGUAUUUCACCUUCAAACAGGAGUGCAACAUCAAGUACUCGGAGCGGGUUUACGACGCGUGUAUGGAGGCGUUUGACUGCCUGCCCCUGGCGGCUCUGAUGAACGGCCAGUUCCUCUGUAUUCACGGCGGUCUGAGCCCCGAGAUACACACGCUGGAUGACAUACGGAGGCUGGACCGAUUCAAGGAGCCUCCCGCCUUCGGUCCCAUGUGCGACCUCCUCUGGGCUGACCCGCUGGAGGAUUUCGGGAAUGAGCGGAACACCACUGAACACUUUAUGCACAACAGUGUGAGAGGGUGCUCCUACUUCUACAGUUACGCUGCGUGUUGUGACUUUCUGCAGCAGAACAGUCUUCUGUCCAUCAUCCGGGCCCACGAGGCCCAGGACGCCGGGUACCGCAUGUACCGGAAGAGCCAGACGACCGGCUUCCCGUCUCUGAUCACCAUCUUCUCGGCACCAAACUACCUGGACGUUUACAACAACAAGGCGGCUGUUCUGAAGUACGAGAACAACGUGAUGAACAUCCGCCAGUUCAACUGUUCGCCCCAUCCGUACUGGCUGCCUAACUUCAUGGACGUGUUCACAUGGUCCAUGCCCUUCGUCGGAGAAAAAGUGACGGAGAUGCUGGUGAACCUGCUGAACAUCUGCUCAGAUGACGAGCUCAUGUCCUCGGGAGACGAGGACACGCUGGAGGAUGAAAAAGCAGCCGCCCAGCGGAAGGUGGUUAUCAAGAACAAGAUCCGCGCCAUCGGCAAAAUGGCGCGAGUCUUCUCCGUGCUGCGAGAGGAGAACGAAUCAGUUCUCCAGCUGAAGGGCCUCACGCCGACCGGCGCUCUGCCUCUGGGCGCUCUCUCCGGGGGAAAGGUUGGGCUGCGCAGCGCCCUACAAGGGUUCUCCCCCAGCCACAAGAUCGCGUCGUUCGCCGAGGCGAAGGGGCUUGACGCGAUGAAUGAAAGAAUGCCGCCGAGACGCGAGUCGGCUGGCGCGGCAGGAUCGACUGAGAAUGGGAGGGAGUCCAACAGCAGGGCUUAGAGGACGCAGAUGAUGGCGACAUCUAUAUGGGACGACGAUGGCGACACCUAUAUUGGAGACGGUGGCGACAUGAGGCACGAAAAUGAUGGCGGGAUCUAUAUGGAAAAUGCUUGUGAGACGGGAUUAGAUGUGCUGCAACACUGAAAUGGGACAUGGUCGUGACGUUCAUUGAAAACAUGGUGCGUUUUUGUGGGCGAUGGUGGUGACACCUUUAAAGAUAUGGCGAUACCUAUAGAAAGACGGAAGAAAUUUGUCGUAAAUAUGAUCGUGCUGCCAUCAGGCGAGGGUAUUUAUGAAAAUAAGGAGGACAAGGGCGCAUGAUUAUGAAGAAAGAUGAAAUUUUCGAGUGUAGUUCGAUCAUGUUGACGGGGACGAAGGUAAAACCUGCAUGAGGUGCGUGAGAUGGGAGCUAUGUGGUCUCAGAAUGUGGUAGAAUGAAGUGGUCUCAAGAACUGAAAAGCAGUGCUGCCACGGUGAUCAAAUACGGCCGCCAUGUUGGAACGAUCUCAGGUGUGACUACAGAGCCAUCUAUAUGCCAUUUCGGGCGAUGAGAGCGCCACCUAUAGUGGCGAUCGCGGAACUUCGCGUCGCGAGUGAUUCAGUUCGAAGAAACGGAAAAGUGAGUGAGCCCAAGUGGGAAGUGAAGGCUUAAAAAAAAAAACUCGACUGAGCCUUCAUACGAUGAACUAGUCAUAAAGGCUGAUGACAGAAAAGCGCUGGCGCUGCAUAUAGACGCUAUGGGGAGUCAAAGGUGUGAUCUUUGUGACCAAAGAGACUACAAAUGGGUGAUACAAGACCAGUUAUGUUCCAGUGAGUCAGAGAUAUUUCCGCGAGUCAGUCAGUUGUGGCCAGAAAUGAGUCACGAGUCGACCUAAAUGAGUCAGUCCUGACCGAGUCAGUCAUGAGUCAGGAAACCAGGUCAGUUGAUGUUUUGGGCGAUGUGGGCACUGGGGAGUUAUGUUAGUGUUGUUGGCUGUAUGAUAGACUUUAUCGUGACUCUCGCUGGGACGAGUGAAGGGCGUAACUUGCGAGCGCUACCUAUACUGAAACAAUCUCACCCGAGGUCGGCAUGUCAACCGGUGCCUCGCGAGUACCACUAUCUGCAACAAUUUUUGGCCACCCUCCCAGGAGUAAAGCUAGGUCCCAUUGCGGUAUACUCGUGUCCGUUAACAGCGGUCACAACUAACCUGCAAUGGGAUCUAGCUUUUCUCUUGGAAGGGUGGCCAAAAAUUAUUGCAGAUAGGGGUACUCGCGAGGCACCAGUUUACCCGCCGGCCUCGGGUGAAAUUGUUUUCAGUGUGCGUUCCUGCGCCGACUGCAGCGCCGCCUAUCGGUGAGUGUGCGAGUGUUCUGUUUCCAUCGCGAUCACCUCGCCUGAUUACGUUUCGUGAAUGUUGUUGUUCCGCUUUCUGAACGCGGUUGAAAUAAAUGCCGACACACGCAA